AAACUUUUCUGUCUACAGGUACAUUUAAACUUACUAUAGAAUUCACAGAAGAAUACCCAAACAAACCACCUACAGUAAGAUUUGUCUCUAAAAUGUUUCAUCCAAAUGUCUAUGCAGAUGGCAGUAUAUGCCUGGAUAUACUUCAAAAUCGUUGGAGUCCAACCUAUGAUGUUUCCUCCAUUUUGACAUCCAUACAGUCUUUAUUGGAUGAGCCUAAUCCCAACAGUCCAGCAAACAGCCAGGCUGCCCAGCUAUACCAGGAGAACAAGCGAGAAUAUGAAAAGCGAGUUUCGGCCAUUGUAGAACAGAGCUGGCGCGAUUGUUGACCCAGGACGAUACAAAUGAACAGUCUGGAAAAAAUUCUGUCUGUCCCUUGCCUUCUUUUCCUAUUAGCAUCAUUACAUUUAUUUUGUUGAAAACAAAACAGCUUUUAGGCUGUUACCACCCUUCCUUGCUGAAGCUUUCUUUCCUCCCUCCCCUUCUGACAUCUGAGAACACCUACUACAAAGUCAAAUGUAUUGUACUUGGGUUACUUGUAAAAGAAUUACUAAUACCAAA